UUUCCAGCAUAAUUCGACUUUGUGUCUUCCAUCCCAAUAUUCGCCAGAUGACCUCGAUAUCUCCGUUACAAUGCCAGAAUCAUGCUUCGCUCAUAUCCUCAAAUAUCGCAUCUCGUCGUUGAUGUCGCCUUUCUGGCGUUCAUCUCCACUAACGCAAUCAAUCAUAGACACAGAACACCAGCAGCGCCAGCCAAAGCCCCAACAAACCCUAUCUUCACACCUCCGGUCGGCAUAAUACCACCUGUACUCGAGAGCGCACUAAUCCCCGUCGUCAUCGCCGCCGCGCCGCUACUGGUAGCUCCAGCAGAUGUCGUCCCACGCUGGCUACUCGUCAGCGUCGAGGCUCCAGAAGAUUUCACGGUUGAAGCAGAUUUCGAGGCGGCGCUCUCUGAUCCAGACGCAUACACAGAAGAUGAGAAUGUAGGACUCAAAGUUUUGUCGGUCAAACCCGGUAUCGACAUUGACCCUGGCAUCGAAACAGAGAUAGAAACAGAGACAGAGGAAAGACUGACCUCUGAGGCGAAUGAACUAGCGAUUGAAGCUGCGGAAGACAGGACCGAGGAUGCGAUGGGCGCGGCACUGGAAACGAGGUUUUGGGAUGAGGACCCACCAUCUACGGAGAAGGGCUCGCCCCAUGUUGAGGAGGUUUGGGCGGUUGAGAAGCCGAGGAGGCCGAGGACGGUGGUCUUGCAGAGGAUGCGGGAGUGCAUUUUUGUAAGCGUAGUGUAGGAUUUGGGUUUUCGUUUAGGAUUGGGUUUAGAGCGAGUGUGGUAGUGGAGUAUAGGUCGGGGAGGCGGUUUUUUGAGCUUCGCUUUGCCGAAGGUGGCUGAUGCUGUACAAGGGCAGAAUUUUCGGCGUUGGGGUGGUGAUGCUU